AUGACGGCAAAAAUGAUUGACUUCAGCCCAACAAGAUCACCGGCUCAUCAAGCUGUCGAUGCCAUUCAUGGCUUCGUCCCCCUUGUCGCUGGUCUCUUCUACCUGGUUUCUGCAGCCAUACUGGCUUUCCGCAGGGACAGACAGGGAGAGGUCAGACGAAGGCCGUCUCGAGCUGUUGCUUUGUGGCCGGCACUUGCCAUUUUUGCCGCAUAUGCAUUCGAGACCGCCGUGCUAUUCUACUUGACCUAUCCGGGAAGAGCCAUGGGUUCCUUGGACGAGAUCAUGUACUCCUUUAGCUCCUCGUUCUCCUGGUUCAUAUUGCUUCUCGACUUCAAUUGGUUCCACAAGUCACAAGCUCUAUGGUACCCUCUUGGAGGAUGCUCAGCGAUCUACCUAAUUGCCGAAACUCUUCUGCUUGCGUUUUGUUCACCCUCAGUGGCGCCAGUGACCAUACUCAAUGCCAUUCGAAUAUUCCGCUUGGUAAUUCUUAUAUUACUUGUUGGCAUCGUGGCCAUAUCACAAGCAAUUGCCAUCCAUUGCAGGCCUGUUGACGAAGAACGGGUGCCUUUGCUCCAAGACGAUCGAACCCGCAACCUGGAUAAUGCCUACCACUACUAUGGUUCAAUAUCUCGGAAUCCUGUUCGUCAUCCUCAGGGCAGAGAUUACCAAGGCGGCUUGGAGUAUUUUAAUCGCCAGAUCACAUUUCUCGCGCCGUUCUUUUGGCCCGGUAGCCGGCCAUACUUCCGUUAUUUCGGUAUUUGGCUCUGCUUGAUGGUUGAUCGUGUUCUCCUCGUGCUCGUCCCUUUGCAGCUGGGCAAAGUAACGGAUGCUCUGACACGUAGCGGAACGUUUUCUAAUGGGGAUAUUGCCAUGACUAUCUUCGUUUGCGUCUUAAAGUUCAGCAAAAGUCCAGCCGUUGCGCAGAAGUACCUAUGGGUGGCCAUCGAAAAUCACUCUUACUCCAUGCUUAGCAAGGCUGCCUUUGACAAAGCUACGACACUGGCAUGUGAGCUUAACAGGAAGAGAAACCUGGACAGACUUUGGGAAUCUGUCAAUCGUGGGCUAUCCGCCCGACAUGUCUUCCGUGCUAUUAUUUCCCACAUCAUCCCGACCGCGAUCGAUCUUCUGGUGGGCGUAUGCGUGCUGUACUAUAUAUACGGUGCCUAUAUGGCUUUGGUCCUUGCGACAGUGGUGGCUCUUUCCAUCUGGUCAUCCAGGGAGAUAUAUCGCAAGUUGCAGGUCAAGCAGAGGCGCUUUAUCGAUGACAUGAACAGAGAGCAGCAUAUUCUCCGAGAUUGGACGUCGAGUUGGCAGACCGCGCUAUAUUCUAACCGCAUCCCAUAUGAGGAAACACGAUACUCCUUAGCCGUCAGGGACCAUUUGAAUUCAUCAUCCAGACUCUCAUUAUGGUUUUGCUUUGACUCGGUGUUGCAGUCGGCCAUCACCGUACCAGGGCUUAUGGGAGGUGGUCUGUUGGCGGCUUUCCAAGUUAGCUGGGGAGUCAAAUCACUCGGCAGUUUUAUUAUGUUGCUGAUGUAUUUGACGCCCCUGGGUCUGCAUCUUCAGGUCUUUGUGAGAGAGGUCCGUGAUGUCCUCCUGGGCCUUGCAGAUGUUGAUGAGCUGCUCAAACUGUUUGGUAGGGCUUCGAACGCUCCCAAUCAUAUGGCAGUAGCUCCAUUAUGUUGCGACCAAGGUGCCAUUGAAUUCGAGGACGUUCAAUUUGCAUAUAGGGGGCAAAAGAGAGCGCUGAAAGGGGUCAGUUUUCACGUUCAAGCCGGUCAGACAGUGGCUCUCGCGGGUGCGACUGGAAGUGGCAAAUCGACUGUCCUAGGUCUCCUCUUGCGCUUGUAUGAUCCGCUUCAAGGAAAUGUCAGAAUCGAUGGACAAGAUAUUCGCCAUGCCACGCUGGAGAGUUUGCGUUCGAGUAUUGGUAUUGUGCCACAAGAUCCAGUUCUAUUCCACGAUACGAUCAUGAACAAUGUCAUGUAUGCGAAUUUUUCUGCUACCGAGGGACAGGUGUAUGAUGCGUGCAAAGCCGUGGCUCUUCAUGACAGAUUUGUAUCGCUUGGGGAUGGUUAUCAUACCAUAAUCGGAGACGGCGGUGUGAAACUGUCUGGUGGAGAGCUUCAGCGACUCGCGAUUGCACGAGUGAUAAUCCAGAACCCUAAGAUCAUUCUCUUGGAUGGCGCGACGAGCAGUGUGGAUAGCAGCACGGAAGCCUUGAUCCAGAGAAAUUUGAAGCGACUGUGGAGAGGAAAGACAAUACUCAUCACUUCACAUCGUCUUUCGACGGUCUCUAAAGCAGACAAUAUCAUCGUCCUUCGACAUGGCCGCCUCGUCGAACAAGGAUCUCACAGCUCAUUAUUGAGAACAAACAGCUACUAUCGUCGUCUCUUGUCACGGCAGAUCAAGGAAAAACUCUCCCCAGCCAUGAUUGAAAGUACAGGCCCAGCUCAAGAGCAAAGAGCAACCGAAGAAUCCGUGAAAGGAAAAGUGGCUACUCAACAAAUGGGCGACCUCAUAGAGAUGGAUGACUCUCGGUCUGUAACAGAGACUGGGCCAAUCCUCGCAGUGUCCAAGAUGCGCCGCAUGAGAUCCUACAAAAAGGUUGGUUCGCCUGACGUAAAGGAGAACUCCAGGAGCGUCAACAACGAACCUUGGAGAAGGAGCCCUCUGAAGCCGGACGCUCCAGUGUUCGUUCCUCUUUCGCAGCGAGCAGCCCUAAGAAAGGCAGACGAGUCCGACGCAGAGAAUUGUUUGGCUGAUACAGAAAACAUGCGAGAAACUUCUGGUGCGACUAUCGGGAAUAACAGUUCGGCAGGCUAUUCUUUGGAGAAUGGAAAGGACUCGAAGCGAAAGCGUCAUGACGGCAGUAGACGGGCUUCCUCUGUCUUGCGACAAUCAAGCAACGAAGUGAUUUUUGCAUACCCAAAGAAGGCGCGAAAAAGGAUGGGGUCAAAGAGGUUUCCUAUUCUUCGCAGGGAGCGUACUGAAAGCGAACCUAUUGGUAUAGGACUGAUGACCGACACUUAUGAGCAGUGA